UCUUUGAAAUGAGAUUUACGGUGUUUCUCACAACUUGCCAUGGAGAAAAAUCUAAACCGUAAUUCUGAUAAAGGUCUUAUAGGAGAUACAUGCAAAUCCUGGUCCGAUCUUCCGCUUGAUCUCUUGAAUCUGGUUUUCGAACGCCUCAGCUUUGCUGAUUUCCAACGAGCUAAAUCUGUAUGCUCGUCAUGGCUCUCCUUUUCAAGACAAUGUGUGCCUAAAAAUCACGUCCCGUGGGUGCUUCUCUUCCCCCAAAACAACCAAACCAAUUCUUGCAUGUUGUUCAACCCCGAGGAAAAAGACAAACUCUACAAAACGCAGUUAGAUCUUGGUUUGGAGUUUGCAAAUAGCUCGUGUAUGAAAACCUAUGGAAGUUGGCUCUUGAUGCAAAAUCUCCAGCAAAAUCUCUACAUUGUGAAUCUCUUUACCCACGAGAUGAUUAACCUACCUCCUGUGGAAUCACAGCUUGGAAUGACAAAGGUAGAGCGUCUCUUAGACGGUGAAUUUCGCAUUACAAGUAACAACAGAUUGUACAAUCUAAUGAGCGUACGAUGUCCUGUGUUUUGGAUUGACGAGAAAACAAAAGAUCAUGUAGUUUCAUGGGUACUUAGUAACUUUUGUGUGGUCUAUUCUAAGACAGGAGAUAACUCGUGGAAUCAAAUUCCCCUAACUUUAAGUUGUCUUGACAUGGUUUACAAGGAUCACAAGCUUUACUUGUUAAGUUACUCUGAAAAACUCAAUAUCUUCGACUUUUCUGGAGAAAUUCCCCAACAAAUUGUUGUUAAGGAUACUGUACCUCCUCGAGUAUUUUAUCGACCAUCUAAUCAUUUGGGAUUUAAAUGGAUGAGCAUUGUCGCUACAAGCAUUGUAGUCACAGUAAAAGGAGAUGUCCUCAAGGUUGAAAAAAAGUGGACACCAAGGUUGAGAAGCUGGUCCUUCUGUAUCUUCAAGGUUUAUUCAUCAGGCUUUAAAGAACAUGAACACGUUUAUUCCUUGGGCGACGAGGCAAUGCUUUUGGAUCUAGGUAUCACUGUGCUCGCCAAUGACAAUGAUGGAAUCAGUAGAAAUUCCAUCUAUUUCAGUGAUUGCAAUAACCAAAAUAAUGUCUAUCUCUUCAAUCUCAAGACGUGCAAGGUGGAGAAACUACACAAAUUCGAUUGCUCGUCUGUUCAACUCUCUAGUAAGCGAUGGUUCUUAAUUACCAAGUAAUUCGCAAACACAUGAUUGAUGUCAACUAUGUUCCUCCCUUUGUUUUACUCUUAUUAAUGACUAGUGUUCGGUC